AUGUUAAGUUUAAAUGAAAAUUUUCCUGAGUAUGCCGUACCCGGAGCAAAACAAGUUCGCUUCGAACCCUAUGCAGACAACGGAGGCAGCGUUGUAGCAAUUGCCGGUGAUGACUACGCUGUUAUUGGAGCCGAUACUCGUCUAAGCACUGGUUUUUCUAUAUAUACAAGAGAACAAAAGAAGCUCUUUAAACUCUCCGACCGCACCGUUCUCGGGGCUACUGGAUGUUGGUGCGACACAUUAACACUCACCCGUCUUUUGCAAGCUCGUAUGCAGAUGUACGAACAUGAACAUAACAAAGCAAUGUCAACACCAGCGGUGGCUCAAAUGUUGUCAACUAUGUUGUAUUACAAGAGAUUUUUCCCUUACUAUAUCUCUAAUGUACUAGCUGGCUUGGAUGCUGACGGGAAAGGAUGUGUUUACAGCUACGACCCGAUCGGUCAUUGUGAGAGAUCAAACUACCGCGCGGGAGGGUCUGCGGGAGCUCAGCUACAACCCUUACUGGACAAUCAAAUAGGACUUAAAAAUAUGCAGAAUGUCACUGAAGCGCCUCUAUCUAGGGAAAAGGCUCUGGCGCUUCUUAAAGAUGUGUUUAUAAGUGCGGCUGAGCGCGACAUCUAUACUGGAGACAGUAUCUACAUACUCAUCAUCACCGCUAAUGGUAUUCAGGAGGAAAAGUUUGAACUUCGUAAAGAUUAA